UUUGUUUCCAACAAAAUAUAGAAUAAGAAUGAGUAUUUUUCUCUGUAAAAAUAGUAACCAGAGAAAUGCAAACAAACUCUCUACGUGCACAAUUCUUUAGAGCAAUUCCAACGGAGAAUACUAGCUUUGAGGUUCUAAAAAUAUAUAUUUGUGUAUAUAUAUACUAUUCAUACGUAAGUAAUUGCGGGGUUUUAUAUUUUAUGGGAAACCCAACACAAAGUAUUUGACUAUAGUAAAUAACCCCGUAUACGUAAGUAAUUGCGGUGGUGACUGCGUCUCUUUCAUCGCCAUUUCGUCUGCCGUCUCCUCCAUUGCGACUCCGUCCUCCUCCAGAUCCGCCGCCGUGUUCGUCUGCUCAUGUACCGUUUGAAUGUCUCUCCCCACCGGAACCACCAGACCCUCCCGACGCUUCCUUACAUCUCGUUAUUCAUCUCCUUUUUGACACACCACUCACCUUCUCUCAACUGUUUUCCAACAUUCCAAAUCCGGCUAGUGAUGGUGUUGUCUCCGUUGUGCUCGUCGAUGGCACAAGAUUUGAUCCUAAGCGUUUGUAUCCUGCAGUAUGCAGUGUGGGUUUUAGCCAACUUGUUGUCUGGAGAUGUCACUGUUCUUCUUUCACUCGUGUUGGUGUUGGCUCGCUUACUCUCCCGUUCAUUCUGGUGUGCUUCCUCUCUUCAAUCUCAGAUAGAAGGAAAACUCGUUGAUACGCUUAUCCCGGCGAAUCGGUUUGUGGCGGGAGUUCAUUCCCCGAUGGCUUCCUUGGUGGAGCAGUUUCUUUUCCCAAUAUUCUCUCCUGUAUGGAAUGAAUUGGAUGGCGAAGUGUUGCUAGUAUUGCAAGGAUUUUGCUCCUGGCUGAUGCUCUUCUCUGCCUUUGUUGCAGAGUUUGUGACCUCUAAGGUUACACGGUAUGCAAUUAUUCAAGAAGAUUAUGAGAUCGUUCGAUUUUUUAUGGUCUCUUGUGAUGUUGUGUAUCGUCAAUCUAUCUUUUACUUAAUCUAUGUUUGGUUUGUUCAGCCCAUACUAGCUUUGAUGUAUUCUCUUUCGGGAGUUAAACUCUUUUAAAUUUCUAAUGAAAACUUGGUUUGAACAAAAAAAAAAGUAAAUAACCCUGCAUUACUAACGC